CAAACGCUAUCAGCAGCUGCGGCCUUAAUAGGAGUAGUUCUGAUGGAUUUGGAAUGAGUUUUGAGGGAAUAAAAACUUGAUUUUGGAAAAUGGGUAUUGAAGCUAAGUUUCACCGAAUAAAAAUUCAGUGACAAUGGAGAUUUUGCAUGGUGUUUUCAGAGUUUUAAUGGGGUUGCUUGCACUUGCAUAUUUCAGAUAAGUUCUAUCAUAAUUAAUUAUUAUAAUUUAAUCGUUGUAUGUACAUGAUUUCACCGAAUAAAAAUUCAGUGACAAUGGAGAUUUUGCACGGUGUUUUCAGGGUUUCAAUGGGGUUGCUUGCACUUGCAUAUUUCAGUGUUUCAAUGAGGUUGCUUGCACUUGCAUACUUCAGCAGGCUUUACUGCAAGUUGUGUAGAAGUUUCAAGAAACAAUUCGACUGGCAGUUAGGGGAGUGGCUUCAAGAGGGUCAACCUUUCUUCGAGGAUAAAUAUGUAUGGCCCGUUUGCCACGCCUUGUUUUCGGCUCCCUCGGCAAGGGUUCCUGUUUUAUGGAGUUCUUUUGCUGCAUUUUCUUCUCCAUUUUCAUCUGGCUCCAAUGGCAUUGAGCAUGGGAGAUCUUGACUGAGUGGGUGCUUAAGAGCGCCUAAAUUAGUAGUUGUUGUUCUCCUUUACUUGUUGAUAUUGAUCAGCAGUGUCCUUUUAUUGGUAAGAACAUUUUCGAAUUUUUAUUUAUUUAUAUAUAAAGAUUUAAUUAUAAUCAUUUAUUAUA